UGUUUAAGGAAAAAGAACAAUCUGAAAUUUACAGAGAAUGAAUCUGGGUUUUGAUGCUUGAGUAUUUCGAAGGCUUGUGAUGUUUUUGAAGGUAUAGGGUAGUGUAUAUAUAGAUGCUAAAAGAAGUAGAGCAUAAUGAUGAGAUAUUGCGUGGUGUUGUCUGCAGUACUUCUAUGAACCAUAAAGUUGGGUGCAGGUGUGUCACCCCACCUUGUUGAACAGCAGGAAACAUUAAGCCCCCACAUGUUCCCAAUGAGACGUGGCUAAGUGAAGGCCUAAUUCUGAUAAUGGAUUAAUUGGUAUUCCACGUUUUGUCAAACAUGCUUUGAACAUGUCUUAUUCACGUUACCUAAUGUUGAAUUACAGCUGGAUACUAUCAAAUUAUGAGGUACAGGACAAUGAGAGAUCAUAGGCCAUUAUUUUCAUGAGAUUUGAAAUCAUAAGUCAUCUCUAUUUCAAGCGGAUUGGCUUGUGAUAGUGUACUAUCGACUAUAGCAUCUUCCAUUAAUCCCUAAGAAACACUUCUUAGGCAACACCAUGUGCCCUUUUGGUCCUGUCGGUCACAUAACUCUUAUCUCAUAGCCCUCCACCCUCAAUCAUUCAAGUACCCAACGAUAUCCUACAAAAUUUUUCAUCUAUAUAUAUUCAUGGCUGCAAGCCUUUUAGACAACCAAAAUCGUUCACAUCCUAAAGCAUUUUAGCUCCAAAAACAAACAUCUUAUUUACAACUCUCUUUUCUCUACUUUCUCUUCCCAAGUACCAUCAUAUAAAACAUGGGUUUUCGUUUACCCGGAAUUAGAAAGGCAUCCCUUCCAGCAAUCCAAGCAUCUUCAAAAGCAGUUGACGUGGCAAAGGGUUACCUUGCCGUCUAUGUUGGAGAUAAAAUGAAGCGGUUUAUUGUCCCUGUAUCAUACUUGAACCAACCUUCAUUUCAAGAUUUGUUGAGUCAAAGUGAGGAAGAAUUUGGGUAUGACCAUCCAAUGGGUGGUCUCACUAUUCCUUGCAGAGAAGAUAUGUUCUUCGAUAUCAUUCGCUUGAUGAAGUGCUAAUCCAUGAAGAUAAAACUGAUGUAAAUGUAUAGACACAAUUUUGUAGUAUAGUUUCUUACCUUGAAAAUAUUCUUUCUCCAUUUUUAUUAUAUUACUUUGGACAGUACAAAAAAUGUUACGACAAGUUCCCUGCAUGAAGUGUUCUCAGAUAUUUUCUUCAUCUA